AUGGCGACCUCACCAUCGCGUCCGAUGGGCGUGCAAAAACGCCCCCGUAAGCAGCGCAAGUUGCAAGGCAAGAAGCUCGACCGCCUACCAGAAGAUGCAACCGUCGCCAAAAGGCCACUCUUCCGCCCAGCUAUACCAUCACCAUACGCCGGAGCACAGUCCCAGAAAGUGGUCUAUGUCGGUACAAAGACACCGUUCAUGUCGGUCGUCAAACGAGCGGAGAAGCUGCUACACCUAGCCGACAAGCGUCAAGUUCAGUCUGCGACCAAGAUCGUGCAAAAUGAUCGCAAGCAAAAGCGGAAGAGAGAUGGAGAUGAGAUAGGAGACAUCGCCAGGCAGGUGGAGAAACAGAAGAAGAGUAAGAUUACCAGAGACGAAGACGAUGGGCCAGAAGAAGUGGUCGUCAAAGGUACGGGCAAGGCCAUUCCGAAGGUCAUGGGAGUAGGAAGUUGGUUCCAGCAGAGGGACGGAGAAUAUACGAUCAGGCUGAAGACGAGUACGACGAGCUCUAUCGAUGAUGUGGAAUACACGAAGCAACCCGAAGGAGCGGAGGAUAGCACAGCAGCAGGUGCUGAAGAUGGUACGGCUAUGGAUGGAGAGAGCCCGAAAGACGGUCGAGCAGCUGAGAAAGCUCCACAGUCUGAUGGAGCUGCCGCUGGCGAGGUCGUCGAAGAGACGAGGAUACGCAAGGUCAGCAUCUUGGAGGUAUAUGUGAGUCUGCGGUAG